UGUACGUAGCUGGGAGCCUGGGCUGGGAGCUAUAGCUAGCUAGGCUGCGCGCCGCUGAGGCCUCAGGCGGAGGGGAGAAUGGCGACGGGCGGCAGACUGGCCGUCACUUGCUCCGCCGCCGUGCUGCUCGCCGUGGCGCUGCUGAUCUCCGCACCGGACGCCGCAGAGGCUUAUGAUUCUCUAGAUCCAAACGGCAACAUCACUAUAAAAUGGGAUGUUAUGCAAUGGACUCCUGAUGGAUAUGUCGCUGUUGUCACAAUGUACAAUUACCAACAAUUUCGGCACAUUGGGCCACCCGGAUGGCAGCUUGGGUGGACAUGGGCAAAGAAGGAGGUUAUAUGGUCAAUGGUUGGGGCUCAGGCCACCGAACAGGGUGACUGCUCAAAGUUCAAGGGCAACAUUCCUCACAGCUGCAAGAAAGAUCCCGUGAUCGUUGAUUUACUUCCAAGCACACCAUAUGACAUGCAAAUUGCCAAUUGCUGCAAGGCAGGAGUUAUAAGUACAAUUAGUCAGGAUCCAGCAAAUGCUGCUUCCUCAUUUCAGCUCAGUGUAGGUCUUUCUGGGUCUACCACUAAGACUGUCAAGGUGCCGAAGAACUUCACCCUUAGGACUCCUGGCCCCGGUUACACCUGUGGGCGUGCUAUUGUUGGCAAGCCUACUAUAUUUUUCUCUGCAGAUGGCCGCAGGGCAACCAAAGCUCUAAUGACAUGGAAUGUGACCUGCACGUAUUCCCAAUUUCUUGCUCAGAAGACUCCGUCCUGCUGUGUAUCUCUUUCAUCGUUUUAUAACAACACUACUGUGAACUGCCCAACAUGCUCCUGUGGCUGCCAGAACCCAAGUGGAUCAAACUGUGUGAAUAAGGGUUCGCCUCGCCUACGAUCUGCUAUUGAUGGCCCUGGCAAAUGGAGUGGCGAGCCUCUUGUGGAGUGCACUUCCCACAUGUGCCCCGUAAAAAUCAACUGGCACGUGAAGCAGAACAGCAAGGACUACUGGAGAGUGAAGAUCACCAUCACAAACCUCAACUUCCGAAUGAACUACAGCGAGUGGAACCUGGUUGUUCAGCAUCCAAACUUCGAUAACAUCACUCAGUUGUUCGGCCUCAACUACAAACCACUCACUCCAUAUGGGGGUGACAUAAAUGACACGGCAAUGUUCUGGGGUGUGAAGUCCUACAAUGAUGUGCUGAUGCAAGACGGUAAGCUUGGGAUGGUGCAGUCAGAGCUCCUUCUCCGUAAAGACUCCCGGACUUUCACAUUCGAAAAGGGAUGGGCCUUCCCACGCCGGGUGUACUUCAAUGGUGAUAACUGUGUCAUGCCAGCUCCUGAAAAUUACCCAUCGUUGCCAAUGCAAGCCUAGUAAUAAGGCUGUAACGAAAGAACCGUCGUUCGGUUUGAUUACGGCUGAUUGCCAUUUACAAGGAAUAAAUGUCACGGGUUGAUUA